AUGGCCAGUACUCGUGAUUCCCAUUCAUUUGCCUGCGAUGAAUGUCGUCUGCGCAAGUCGAGGUGCUCGAAAGAGAAGCCGACUUGCUUGCAAUGCCGACAGCUGAACAAAGAAUGCAAAUACAGCCCAAAAGUCAGCCGGAGCCCUUUGACGCGGCAGCACUUGACCUAUGUUGAAGAUCGGUUGCACUCUUUCGAAACUGCCUUGGGAAGGCUUUUCCCAGGAGGGGACUUGGACGCCACUCUUAGGUCUCUGCUGUUUAGCCAAGAGGCUCCCCCACAAGCCCCCUCAUCCAAAUCGUCCUCGAGACACUCGACCCCGGCCAAAGCUGAAGCAGACCGGUCCGAACCAGCACCAGAGGCUCUACCGCAGCAAGCCGAUGGCUUUGACUGGGCUGAGAAGGAGCUCACUCUUGGGGAUCUCACUGAUGGCAUGGCCGCAUUGUCGAUUAAGCCCGAAGGAGCUGGCUACUUUGGUGCAUCCUCGAGUGUGGUUCCUCUCAGAGCAUUAUUUGACCAUGGUUUUGACCUUAAUAUGCCCGUCCGCUCGGCAAGAUCCGGAGGUGUGCCACUCAAGGCACAGCUUCUGGAAAGCGCUCCGUCCGGCCUGAUUGAGCAAGCAUUCAUCGACGCUUUCUUUCUCAACUACCAUACCAGCUAUCCUUUUGUCCAUGAGCCAUCUUUCCGGGCACAAUUCAAUGAGCCGUCGCUGCGUCCGCAUGGUACAGCCUGGCAGAUCCUUCUCAACACCAUUUUGGCCCUAGGCGCCUGGAGUAUUGGAGAUGACAGCUCUGACCUCGAUAUCACCUUCUACCAAGAAGCAAGAGGAUAUCUGCAACAGGCAUCCGUGUUCGAGACCGGUAAUUUGACAUUGGUCCAGGCGUUACUGUUGCUGAGCAACUAUGCCCAGAAGCGGAACAAGCCCAACACCGGAUGGAACUAUCUAGGGCUAGCGGUGCGGAUGGCCAUGAGUCUCGGGCUUCAUAAAGAGUUCCACGGAUGGAAGAUUAGUCUUCUGCAGCGGGAAAUUCGUCGAAGACUGUGGUGGGGCGUUUUCAUUUUCGACAGCGGCGCGGCCAAAACAUUUGGCAGACCGAUUCUUCUCCCUGACGAUAGCGUCAUGGACGCGAAACAAGUCCUCAAUAUCAAUGAUGAGGCCCUGACAUCUACAACCACCACACUCCCCUCCGAAUCCCCAGGUCCAACCAUCUACUCCGGGCUGAUCGCGCAGACUCGCUUCCACCUUCUCACCAACAGCGUCUAUCAGCGUCUGAUCUCCAGUCCGAGCAUCACGCCCGAAGAAACGCUGAAUCUCCAAAAACCCAUGGAGGAAUGGUAUAAUGGGCUGCCCUCGUACAUUCAACACCCGCAACAGCCGCUUUCCAUGUUGCCAUCCCAACUGGAUCCGGACUCACUCGCCCUCGUCCGGAACCGCUUGCUGUGGCGCAACUGGAAUUUGACCAUUUUGAUCUACCGACCCAUCCUGCUCCGCUGGGCUGCGCGGCACUGGGCCCCGCAUGGCGGUGGAGGCGUCCCAGAAGGAGGCGAAAGUGAAGACCCGGGCGAGACGGAAUGUCGAAUGCGCUGCCUGCAGACUGCCCAGCUCACAAUCUCGUCCAUUGCCGAGUAUAUGGAUAAUUACGUGUGCACAAGACUGGGCGCGUGGUAUAUGCUCUACUUCCUCUUCCAAGCCGGGCUCAUCCCGAUCGUCUUUCUCAUGACCGACCCCUCCAACCCCUCCGCCGCAACCUGGCUCCAAGACAUCGAAACCACCAAAGCCCUUCUCACCCACCCCUCGCUCGGCACCAACCGCUUCGCCACCCGCUGCUACGAAGUCGUGAACCGUCUCCUAGGCUCACCCGGUCUACCUCCCGAGCUAGGAGGCGUAAACGGGGGGGUAGGUGUGGGGGUAAGUGUGGGCCCGCACCCGCCGAGUCAACAACAGCAACAGCAGCCGCACCAGCCGCACCAACAGCAACAUAUCCCGCCGCCGCAGCAACAGGGCUAUAUGCCGUUCCCAGAACAGCUGUUCAGUGACCCCACCUUUGGGGGCAGUUUGUUCGCUAUGGAGCAGCCGAUGCCGAGUUCUACGGGCAUGGAUUUCUCGGAGUGGGUGAAUUUCCCGGGUGCCGAGUGA